AUGGGAGGAGUAGCGGCCGGAGGGCGCUCGGUGCGGGGCUCCGCUGCCCUGCCCCGCUGCCCUGCCCGCACCGCCCGGGGCUGCGGGACUGGGGCUUCGUGCGGGAGCAGAGCGUUACGAGGGGGCAAUGCAAAGGGUUUGCCGGAAGGAGGUUCUUCCCGGUGGCUCCGGCUUUUCGCCUCGGGCCUCCGGAAGCUUCUGCCUCUCCUGGCCUCCCAGGGACUCCAGAGGCAGCUCUGGGCGGCAUACAGCACCAAGGAGGAGAGCACGAAAAGGUCUGUUGGGCGCUACCCGGUACCCAACAAGAAGGACUUGCCAUAUGACAUCGUGGAACUCAUGGAGGAAGUAGAACUGAAGACUGGAUUUCUGCCCAAUGUGUUCAAAGCGAUGUCUCACAGACCUGCUGAAUUCAGAGCUUUUUUUGCUUAUUACAACGCCAUUAUGAACAAAGACGGAGGGCGACUCAGCAAGUCAGACAAGGAGCUCAUAAUUGUGGCUACUAGUGUUGUGAACAGAUGUCCCUACUGUGUGGUUGCACAUGGAGCACUUCAUCGGAUAUAUUCCAAGCAGCCAACACUGGCUGACCAGGUCAUUGUGAACUGGAAACUUGCCAACUUGAGUGACCGGGACCUGGCGAUGUUGGAGUUUGCCCUUGCGGUCUGUCGAGCCGAUAAUAUCACCGAGGAGCACUUCGAGAGGCUGGAGAGGCAUGGUUUUGACCGUGAAGAUGCCUGGGACAUAGGCAUGAUUUCUGCUUUCUUUGCCAUGUCCAAUCGCAUUGCUCACUUUAUUGACCUGCGCCCAAACACGGAGUUCUAUGACAUGGGCAGGAUGCCCCGGGGAGCGGGGGGAGUGGAGGACACCUGACGCAGCUCUGGGGCACCCAUUCACCUCAAAGAGGCUCUUGGCUCUUACGCUCAU